GCAACGAUUUCGUUUACUGGAAGAAUCUCAAGAGAGGAUAUUUUGUCGAUCAGUUUCGCAUUAAAAGUAUUUCUUACUUAAAUGGCAUUGGAAAAGUCGGUCACUCAAUUAUUUUCACAAAAGGUAGAACUACACGAAGCGGAGACAGAACGAAAGUCGCCGUUAAGUGGAACGAGGUUCCUGAUCAGUAUCAUGGACAGUUGUUUCUGGUGAAUGUUACUUACACUUUAAAACGACUUUCAAAUUCUUCCAUCCUGGAGAACGAUUGUUUUGUUUUUAAGUCAGCAGGAAAAAUAACUGUGACAGUUCCUAGUACAAGCUCAAUGUUAACCAAAGUAUCUAAUAGAAAGCCUAGCUCUAACCUUUCUCCCAUCACUCUCACAUCAACCACUACAAAAGUAAAGCCGACGAAGAAGAAAACGACAGUCACUCACUCAUUGAUAUCGAAAUUUUUACCAAACACAAACUCUUCCAGUUCAACUAUUUGGUCCACUAAUCAACUGCCAACCAAACAUUCCGCCAAUGAAGACAAGUCGUUAACCCAGACAAAUAUAUGGACUUAUUACACUACGAAAGAAGCUGGUUUGCCUUCUGCGUCGACGAGUGGUGCAUCCAUUCAUAACGCCAAGAAGAUGGCCACUGGCAGUGGGGACGAUCUGAUAAUCAUCUCUUUGGCUAGCGCAGGAUGUAUUGUCUUAUUCUUGGCUGUAGUAGUAAUAGCGUUAAUCUGUGUCAGACGUCGCAGGAUUGCAUCUAAAGUCAAUCAUGAGGUAGUUGCGAAAAACGUCGUAGGCAAUAAUCACGUUUCAACUCCGGAGGCAAUCUAUUCUGAGGCUUAUGAUCUUCCAACAUAUCCUGGGAUUGAAGAUACAUCAGACGUUGACAACUAUACUAGUUUAGAUAGAACCAAAAUGUUGAACGAAGCCUAUGUAUGAAUCUUUGAGGAGAAAUUCAUGUAACCUGUAUGAGCAGAUUCCAGCCAAAACUAAUAUCGAAAUAUUUUCGGAGGAAGAUCCUCCCGAGCCGGUUUAUAAUACUUUAUACGAAUCAUCUACGUCCUUUGUCAAUGGCGAAAGUACAUGUCGUGAUGGCGAGGAACAUGCACAAAGAACCUAUAGUACAUUAGAAGAAGAAAUAAAUUACAAAGGGGAAAAAGACGAAGAUGGCGGUGACCACAAUCCAGAACGAGUGUAUAGUGUCAUCGAAGACGACAGUCUUCAUUAUUUGACGAUUUUGCCUGAUGAAUCUCCGUGAUAAACGUUUUUAUUUCGUGUAAAGUUUUCAUGCAGUAGCACAAAAUAAUGAUUAUACAAAAGGGUCAAUCAGGGGUGCGAAGCGUUCCACGCGCUCCUCGAGUUUCUCGCGUUACUCGCGCCCGCCAUUACUCCAGCUACUCGAGUUGCGGUCUUCUCUCGUUUCCAAGUUUCCAACCGCUAAAAUGACAUGACUCCUUUUCUGCAUGUAGUCUAUUGGAAACCGAGAAUGUUUAGACGCCAUGCGAUUGUAACCGUUGGAAAUUAUUGGGGAGAAUUCAAUGGAUAUAAAAUGAUAGCCAAUGUGCGUUUUAUGUAAGGUAUUAUCAAAGGUUCCUUCCGUAUACUCCUUAUUCUGUAACACUGAUAUUGUAGGGUCGUUCACGAGUGAAGUACUUCAUGUAGCGUGAAUUUUUCUUUAGUACGUCUCAAGGUGUAUUUUAACCGUUUCUCCACAAAACACAAACUCAGAAUUAGCUUGCAAAGCCAUGCACGUCUCAAAUCAAAUGCUUUAUUGUCGCAGUUUGUCUUAUUGAAUAAACAUUGAGUAUAUUACUGUUUGUGUUUGGGCGGAAAAUUUCUUCAUCUAAUUGAUUAAAGAGUAAACAUUUUGAUAGCGUGGCAAGCUGUGGACGUCGUUCAUAUCUUUCAUAUGUCCUUAGUGAAAUGCAAUCAAUUGAUUUAAUGGAUCUCAAAUAAAUUAUUGCAUAACUUGUCUUGUGACAUAUUGCUUGACUUUAA